GCCAAGGCUUCCAACAACACAUUGAGCGAAUUCUGCGUGGAGACGUUGGUUGCCAUGAAGCCCACGAGGCCAGAAGUCAUCCGGGCAAUCCCCGCCUUCUGGGCCUUGAAAGUGCUUCGUGGAGUCUGUCUGCACAGAGGUGUGGGACAACAUUACGACCUUGCAAAAGUAACCGCCGAGCUGGAUGAGUUUUGGUCUCAUAGUUGGCAGACUCGCGCUUCGCUCAAGUACGCUUGCGUUUUAUAUUUGAACAACAGUCUGCCGGCGUUCUGCCUUGGGAUUAUCUUCUCUUUGGCAGCUGCGGGCUUCUACAUCGCUAGAAUCCUUCCAGCGGCAGCUGGCAGAGAACACUUUGAGUGUUUGUGGUGCACACCGGCCGGUGUGAUUGGCUGCUGCGCUGGUCUUCUAGUCUGGAAGAGACGCAAGCUUGUGUUCUUGGAUGUGGCAUGCAUAGACCAAAGAAACCCUGUGCGCAAAGCUGAAGGCCUUAUCAGUAUGGGUGCUUUCCUACGAAGCUCUAAGCGUAUGCUGGUGUUAUGGGAUAUGUCAUUUACAUCGCGAUUGUGGUGUGUAUUCGAACUUGCUGCAUAUCUGCACAGCCACAGAGGAAAGAAAGCGGACCUGGUGGUUUGCCCAGUUUCUGUGGGCUCCGUGCUCCUUGUGGGACAUUUUGGUUUAACGAUGUUUUACCUUUUGUUCAUUUUGUUGCCUGCGGCAGUGUCGUUCUAUCCAUACGGUGCCUUGCUGAUGGCAUCCCUCUGCUUCCCGAGCUUCACUGCGCUUGCAUACGUAGUCCUGGGACACUGCCGAAGCAUUGAGACAAUCCAUCACGAAGUUCGCAACUUCACGAUUGAGCAUUCAUCCAGCGGCUGCUGUGCUAAGGGGCAUAUAGACAGGCGAACCAAUGAGCCAAUACAAUGCGACCGUGAUAUCAUUUCUCGCUGCAUUAUUGCUUGGUUCGGGUCAUUGCAGAGCUUCGAACACCAUGUGCGAGGUCAGGUGCGAGAAGUUUUGAUCCACCAGCUGACGCAUAACACGUUCACAUAUUGGCGCAUGGUGCAGCUUACAAGUCCGGCCCUGUUUGUUGGACUUGAUCGUUUGGCGAGUGCUGUGGUCCGUGAUGCAAGGUUUCCCAUGGAGCUAGUGUUGCUAAUUACGAAGGACUGGCUGAUCUUGCUGCCAACUCUGCUCCUUGUUCUUUUGCAGCUCACCUACAAGCUGCGUGGGAGAUGCGGGACAAAGCUGAAGCAACUAUUGGCCUCUUUGCUGUGUGUUCUCGUCGGGGUGGUCAUCUUCGCUGCAGUCAUUGUUGGCGAGGGCGUCUGCUUAUAUCUCAUUGAAGACGAAGCCUUGGCAAGACUUGUCAUUUUGGCCCUGCACCUACCAGUCGCUUUGUUCUUGUGGUGGCGCAUUCCCCGAGCCGAGCACACGCUGGCAUGA